AUGAGGUUUCUCUGGAUCUCGAGUGUUGCGCUUUUUGCGCCGGCUACUGUCCUAGCGCAGACCUUCCAGCGCUUGGGUGGUUGUCCAACAUUGGGAUGUGUUUUCCCUCCAGACCAGGCGGAUUUCUUGGCCGGGCAGUACUUUGAUAUUCGACUGGAGGUGCACUCGCCUGUCAAUGGCUCUGAGGCUCGGAAGGGCGAGCCAGAUCCGGACUUCAAGUUCACCAUUGCCAAAAAAGGCGAAGAUUCUAAGGCGGCGACGGAGUACUUUGGUGUUGAGGAACCUGAGCUGGAACGAUGGGACUUUUCAUGGUAUGAGGAUCUAUUCGCAGAGGACGCAGGAAGGGCGUCUCUCGUCAACGUGACUUCCAAGGCAUACCGCAGAAUUGCGCUCGACGAGCCUGGCGAGUACGAAGCGACUUUGACCUACUACGGAGACCAAACGACAACGGCCACCUGGACCGUCCGCGACAUGCCCGCCAAGCGUCGUGCAAAGAAUGUCAUCUUGUUUAUUGGCGACGGCAUGACCACCAACAUGAUCACUGCAGCUCGUCUAAUCGCCCACCGCAGCAUCAACGGCAAAUAUAUGACCAAAAUGGCAAUGGACAAGUUCCCCGUCUUGGGCCACCAGAUGACCCAUUCGAUGGACUCAUUCAUCACAGAUAGUGCCAACUCUGCGACGGCGCUGUACAGCGGUCACAAAACGACUGUAAACGCAUUGGGUGUGUAUGUCGACUCUUCCGAAGAUGCCACGGAUGACCCCAAGUUUGAAAACAUCGUUGAGAUCUUCCGUCGUCGGUAUCCCAAUGCUGGUGUUGGUGUUGUCUCCACGGCGUUCCUGGCAGACGCCACCCCGGCUGGGUUGACCGCACACACGGCAGACCGGAGUGAGUAUGAGCAUGUCAUCAACGCCUUCUACGAGGGCUUGACAGACUACGAGUGGACAAAAUGGGGCGGUCCAGACGUCCUAUUUGGUGCUGGAGCCGAGAACUUCCUCGAAAGCCAGGACGCCUCGCAAAACUACUAUACUUUAUUUGAGGAACAGGGUUACAACGUCCUCUGGAACAACACUGCCCUACACUCCGCCCCGAAUGAUACCAGAUCCCUUGGUGUCUUCCAAACCUCAAACCUGGCAACAUGGCUCGACCGCAACGUCUACCAAGCCAACCUUCUCAACCAGAGUAACUACCCCGACGGCUCCGGCCGCGACGCAGAAGACCUCCCAGGGCUCAAGGACAUGACUUUGAAAGCCAUCGACAUCCUGAACGCGCGCCACGAGAAAGACGGCUGGUUCCUCAUGUCCGAAGCAGCCAGUAUCGACAAGCAGAUGCACUCGCUAGACUACGACCGCUCGCUCGGCGAACUGCUCGAGCUCGAUGAUACCGUCCGCGCAACAAUCGAAAAACUAGAUGCCCUAGGCGAACUCGAAGAUACCCUAAUCCUCGUAACCGCAGACCACGGCCACGGCUUCGACGUCACCGGCUCCGUCGACACAGAGUAUCUGAACGCCCAGAAAGACGACCGCUCAAAGCGUCGCGCAGUCGGAUACUACGAGAACUCAGGUCUCUCAGGGUACACCAUGAGCAGCGGUGGAAGCAGCCUUCGCUACUCCGAGGGCGUACAUUUCCCCUCGCGUUGGGAUCCGCGAUACUCCCUGCACGCCGGCGUCGUAGCAUUCCCAGACCACCGCGAGAAUUACCAGGUUCACGCAGAUGGCCCGCGUACUCCGGCAAAUGGCCCCGUUGCUAACUACAAGGAUGCAGUUACCGGUUUCCUUGUGAAUGGGACGUUGCCGCUGGAUAGUGACCAGGGGGUGCAUUCGUUGACGGAUGUGCCUGUGUUUGCGCAGGGGCCGUGUCAGGAGUUGUUUGGGGGGGUGUAUAAUUCUGUGGAUAUUUUUUUUUAUAUGGCUGAAUGUCUUGGGUUGGCGAGUAAGGGUCGGGAGGCAAAGUCUUAA